AUGCAGGAUUUGGCUGUGCUUCAUAAGGCCAGUCGUCCUGUAUUGCCUCAGCAAGAAUCAGGAAAGCCAAAGUCAUCUUCACCUAAGAAACAGAACGAUGUUAGAGUCAAAUUUGAACAUAGAGGUGAAAAAAGGAUUCUGCAAUUACCAAGGCCUGUUAAACUUGAAGAUCUUGCAGCUAAAGCUAAAGUUGCUUUUGGACAGACUAUGGAUUUACAUUACAGCAAUAAUGAGCUUGUAAUUCCAUUAACCACACAGGAUGACCUGGACAAAGCUGUUGAACUGCUUGACCGUAGUGUUCAUAUGAAGAGUCUCAAGAUAUUGCUUGUAAUACAUGGAAAUACACAGUCACCCAGUGUAAAUAACGUGGAACCCUUGCCCUCACUGGAAGACUUAGAUAAUACAGUGCUUGGUGUGGCAGACAGAAAAAAGCGACUCUCUGUAGUAGGUUCAAAUACUCGUGAUAGGAGUUCACCUCCCCCAGGAUACAUUCCAGAUGAGCUGCAUCAGGUGGCCCGAAACGGGUCCUUCACCAGUAUCAACAGUGAGGGUGAAUUCAUUCCAGAAAGUAUGGAUCAGAUGCUGGAUCCAUUGUCUUUGAGCAGUCCUGAAAACUCUGGCUCAGGAAGCUGCCCCUCACUUGACAGUCCUUUAGAUGGAGACAACUAUCCCAGAUCUCGGAUGCCAAGAGCACAGAGCUAUCCAGAUAAUCAUCAGGAAUUCUCAGUAGAGUAUGAUAUCCCAAUAUUUGAGAAAUUUGGAAAAGGGGGGACUUAUCCCCGGAGAUACCAUAUUUCAUAUCAUCAACAAGACUACAAUGACGGUCGUAAAACUUUUCCAAGAGCCAGAAGGACUCAGGGGAACAGCUUCCGAUCACCAGUUAGUUUCAGUCCCACUGAUCACUCACUGAGCACCAGUAGCGGAAGCAGCGUCUUUACACCGGAAUACGAAGAUAACCGAAUGAGGAGAAGGGGAAGUGACAUAGACAAUCCUACCUUGUCAGUCAUGGACAUCAGCCCACCUAGUCGCUCACCGCGAGCUCCAACUAACUGGAGGCUUGGUAAACUGCUGGGUCAAGGUGCAUUUGGCAGAGUAUAUCUGUGUUACGAUGCUGAUACCGGAAGAGAACUGGCUGUUAAACAAGUUCAGUUUGAUCCUGAUAGUCCAGAAACCAGCAAGGAAGUAAAUGCACUUGAAUGUGAGAUUCAGUUGCUGAAAAAUCUACUGCAUGAAAGAAUUGUUCAGUAUUAUGGCUUCUUGAGAGAUCCGCCAGAAAGAACUCUCUCUAUAUUCAUGGAAUACAUGCCUGGGGGUUCCAUCAAAGACCAAUUGAAAUCAUAUGGAGCACUUACAGAGAACGUGACUCGUAAAUAUACACGCCAGAUUUUGGAAGGUGUCCACUAUCUGCACAGUAAUAUGAUUGUCCAUCGGGAUAUUAAAGGAGCAAAUAUUCUGCGAGAUUCAGCAGGCAAUGUGAAGCUCGGUGACUUUGGUGCCAGCAAACGACUGCAGACGAUAUGUCUCUCUGGUACAGGAAUGAAGUCUGUCACAGGAACUCCAUACUGGAUGAGUCCAGAAGUUAUUAGUGGAGAAGGGUAUGGCAGAAAAGCGGAUAUCUGGAGCGUAGGUUGUACAGUGGUAGAAAUGCUCACUGAGAAGCCUCCGUGGGCAGAGUUCGAAGCAAUGGCUGCCAUCUUUAAAAUUGCCACUCAGCCAACCAACCCCCAGCUACCACCUCACGUCUCCGACCAUGCGCGGGAUUUCUUGAAACGGAUUUUUAUCGAGGCCAAGCUGCGACCGUUUGCAGAUGAACUGCUAAGACACACGUUUGCACACUAUCACUAACAGCCUGCCUCAACUCAGCUUGCAUCUACUGCAUUUAUUUUCUAUUUGACUGCACUUUUAUUUUU